CCUCCAUCUUGGAGCUGGUGAGGAACUGGUGAGGUACUACUGGUGAGGUUCUCCAGCAGCAAAGAGGAGGAAUAAGUACAGCAGAGAUCCUGAACCCCGAGCUGAUCCUGCAGCCGGGCUGAUCCACAGCGCAGGACCUCCAGCAGCCAUGGUGCAGUCCUGCUCCGCCUACGGCUGCAAGAACAGAUAUCACAAAGAUAAGAACGUCUCAUUCCACAAGUUCCCUCUCGCGAGGCCUGACAUCUGUGGGAAAUGGGUGGCCGCCAUGAGGAGGACCAACUUCAAGCCCACCAAAUACAGCAACAUCUGCUCACAGCACUUUACCAAAGACUGCUUCAAACGAGAAUGCAACAACCGAGUGCUGAAGGAGAACGCCGUGCCUUCCCUUUUUAGCUUCAACAAACUGCAGAUAAAGACAGAUUCACUGGAGGAAGCCUUCAUCCCAGAGAUGGACUUCCCCCUGAUCCUGUCUGAUACAGACCCUCAGAAGCAGGACGAAGAGAUGCUGCAGCCUCCUCCAGACCCUGAGCCGUCGUCUCCAGACGUCCCCAUGGAGGACAGGAGCCCGGAGCUCCAGCCCAGCGCCUUCAUCUCCUGCGACCACAACUACACGGUGGAGGACACGGUCCAGCAGAAGAAACGCAUCGACCAGCUGGAGGAGCAGCUGGAGAAACUGCGCAGGAAGCUGAAGACAGUUCGGCAGAAGUGCCGGCGGCAGGAGCGGCAGCUGGAACGCUUCAAAGCCAUGCGGGAGUUCCCUAAAGCCGGCAAGAGCCUGUCGCUGGGUGGGAGCUACGUCAUCCUGCCCAAAAAACUCUUCAACCUGCUGAAAGGGAUCGACAGCAUCGACACCGUCGACACCAUCGACGGGUUGUGAGGGGGCGGGGGCGGAGUCUCGGCUGCACGAUACGGCUGCACAAAGAUACUGUAUUCCAGAGAUCUUGUCUGCGAUUUUCACAUUCAAGAUUUGAGUUCUACUUUCUGUUACUUCGCAGUUUGAGUUUGUGUCCCCUUAUGUCUGAUUAAAGUACUGGGGUAAGUUUUUGCGAGGGGGUGUUUAUGCGAGGGAUGCACCGAAUAUUUGGCAACCCGAAAUUAUUCAACUGAAAAUGCCAACAUAAGAAAAAAGCACUUUCGCUGUUCGACUGAGUGAGAAAGUGAAACGUGAAAAAAACCAAUAAAUUAUUAUGAUUAUAUAUAAUAAUGUUAAGUUUAUUCAGUAUUUAUUAGUAUUUACUUAUUGUGCUCUGUUGCAUUGAAUUCAUUUCCCCUAAAAUAUAUUUCCCUAAUACGUAUUUAGGAUAUUUAAUUUAUGCAGUGGUGAAAAAGGUGAUAAAA